AGUUUUUACAGCUACCUGAUAUCUAAUUACAUGUACAAACGUUUUUAUUGAACUUCGAAGAUGACGGGCCCCAUCCAAAUCCAUGCCAAUCAACAGUUAAUUUUCGUGCGCUACUGACCGACUUUGUUUGCAGUUGCAGAUCCACUUUUAGCGCAAUUUCAAUUUGAAACACUCCUCCCCUUUUUUGAAGUAGAAGAGCUUUGUCCUUAUAGUCUUCUACAAUUCAAUUGUACUACGAUUCAAUCAAAGCGGAGCGCGCAGUUCUAGUUUCGUCUCAGCCGUAAGCUGCUAAGAUUUUCAAUUUCAAAUGACAUACUCAGCGAUCUGCCCCCGGACCCGAAGCGGGAAUCUGAGUUGUCUCUACAAGUAUGAUCGCGUUUGCGUAACACUUUCACUUUCCUUGCGUGGUACACAGAAGUGAUAGGUUUCUUCCGGACUGGAGUACCCCUCGCCAGGAGCCGUUGGGGUGUUGAACUAGCACUAAGGCCGGCGGAAAGGAACGACAGCAAGGCCACCUUGUACGAAACCGAAAAGGAAGCGGAAGGUGCGGAGGCUUGGAUUCACCAGCGAAACAGCCACCGCUCCGACGAUCUCGUAAGAAACAAGUAGGUCUCUACAAUUUUUUGCGGAAAAGGCCGCUGGCGGCUGAAGGAACAGCGUCUAAAAAACCAUGGGUAUUGACUUCGUGCAAGAUGGGCUGCAGCAGUUGCGGCAGCAGGGCGAGGAGAUUCGCAACCACCAGCAGUUGGUCACCAACCGGCGGCGGGAGUUUCUGGUGCUGUGCGAGCAGCAGGCGCGGCACAAGGGCAUCCUGGCGAAGCUGGCGGGGCAGGAGCACGCGGUCACGCUCCGGUGGCUGGAGCACCUCACGCCAGAGGCGUUGGACUUCGUCACGCAGCAAAUGAGCCUAGACACCAUCGAAUCGCGGCUGGCCGAAAGUUUGCAAGCGGCGGAACAGAACGUAGCCCGAUCUUCUCGCCACCUUGUUGCGGGGGGCAGUGGUCGAGCGCUUUCUGCUCCGCACCGCAGGUCCUCAGCCGCCGAACGCACCGGUCGAAGUGCAGCGAUGUCAGGCCAACAAGGCGACUUUUCCUCCACCGCAAAGCCCCUCGAAGGGACAAUGACACCGCAGCGUUCGCGCGGGCGACCUGGGCGGAAGCGAAGGAAGGCUGCGAACGCGAGGCGCCAAGCCGCGAUGGCCGCUUUAGAGGGGAAGCGAGUGGGCUCUCGUGGCGAAAAUACCGACCAACUUGCUGGCUCGGGGGACCACGAGGAGGGCGAGGAUCUCUUGUCCUCCGACGCUCUUUCCUCUGGCGCAGAGUCCACAAGCAGUACCCCGCGAAGCGGGGCGGGCGGGCGGCGAAGGCGGCGGCGCAACAAGAAUCGCAAGAAAAUGUACUGGGUUCCUAAGCAGGUGGGAAGCCAGCAAGAGCAAUAUCAACAUCAACCAGUUACCGCGGAGGGCGAGGCGGCGGAAGGCAGUGAUUUUCUGUUGAAAGUAGAGGGCGGCGACGACAGCGAUGCGGACUUGCUUUCAUCCGACGACGGGGAGGACGCCGACUACUCUACCUCCGGUUCCUCGUCCGCCGAAGAGGAUUUCGAGGAGGACGAUAUUCUGGAUCGAGACACCCGCCGCAGCAUCGACCGCAUUCUGGGGCGCAGAGAGGACUUGGGUUACCAUCUGCGCGGCGAAAGGGGAGGCAGAAGUGGCGCAGAGAGCAACGUGAUGAUACCUGAACACGAACGGACGGCGCAUGUCGGGUCCUCGUCGACGGGACUGCAACUUUUCUACAGCGACCACGAUGCCGGCGUUGCUAGUGGCGCGGGGGAGGAAAAUUACCAUCAUGGAGGUACUCCACUAGGGCUAAUUGAUCAAUCGUUGUAGGCCUAGAUAGAAGACGUAGAAGCAUCGAGCGCACUUUCACCGAUCAAUGAGAAUGUUAUACGGUCCGUGUGCAGACAAAAGACUUGACUACGCCUAGAAAUUUUUUGGAAAGACAGACUACGGCUAGCGACUGACUUGUCUCCACCAGUGCGACGUUCCUGUUGCUGGACAAGGUCAUUGUGAUUGAUCUAUUUGCAUGUGUUUAAUGUACUUUUUUGGAACCGACGAAUAUGAAAGAGAAGGAGAACGAGGAUGAGCGUGUUUACAGACUGAACUACGACCGCAAAUGUAUCAUCUUCAGGUCCAGUAUCCACUGGGGGCGGAGUCGCACCAGCCGUAUCUUCCACGAUCGCAGCUCCGGCACCCGGCUCGUUCUACAAUAGCACCGGCGCGCCACCGCUGCAUUUAUUCGGAGAAGCAGAGAUUCCGCUCGCGCUGCUUGCGGACUUGGCACUGCUGAAGGCCGCGGACGAGCGGCUGGCGAAGUCAGUUGUAGAAGACAUCCUGCCUUUUGUGCUGCAGGCUGACACCGAAACCGGGAUCGCGGCGCGGAUGCUGCUCGAACACUAUUUGCUGCUCACCAAGUGCUAUUUGGAAAAGCAGGACCACGCUGAGGUGGCUCUGCUGCACAAGCAGUCCUACCAGCGCGAGCAGGUGGCCAAGGACGAGAUCAUGCAGCGAUUCAGCCUGCAACAGCUUAACUACCAGGAGGAGUUUCAAAAGGAAUUGGUCGACGCUUUGGAGCGUCUGUACACCGAAAAGCAGGAGUCCGACACAGAGCUCGCCAUUUUGCUCAAGUUGCUGAAGCAGAAAGAGCAAGAACUGCACUCGUUUCUGGUGGAAACGGUGGAGCUGGUGCUGGAAAAGCAGGAGAAUGUGCACGAGCACGAGCUGCACAUCCACAAGGAGCGGGCCGAGUACCUGCAGGAGCAGGUGCACAAGCACCAUCACUACCUGCGCAGCGAGGAGUUCAAGAAGCAGGCGGAGUCGCUGCACGAGCGCUUGGUGCAGGAGCACGAGAAGAAGAUACCCAACGCGAAGGACCUCGCCGAGGAAGUGGUAAGCCGGAACAAACACGAGGCAGUGAAGAUUUCGCCGUCGGAUCUGGAAAAAUUGCUUGCCCGCUUCGACCGCGUGGAGCAGCAGCUGGAGCGGAUCCUAAGCGAGCGCAACGUCGUGGUCUCGGGGGGGAUUGAAUCGAAGCACAUCAAUAGUACUAUACUGGCGUAGGGUAUCCAUAGAAAACAGCUCGCUGAUACUGAUUCAUCACCGAGAAGAUCAAGAUCAGACAAAACCGGAACCUAGAAGAUGAGUUUGUCUGUUGCUUUGCAUGUUGUACCGCUCAUAUUUCGCGAGGUUGUCUCGAUUAGUAUGCUUUGUUGUCAGCCUGCUGCCCCGCCCUGCCCCCAUGUAAUCUUUACGUGAGCUUGAUGAUGCAGCGGAAUCUUUUUCGUUCCUUCAGCUCUCAACUGUUCAACGAACUGAGAAAAAGUGGAUCGUGUCAACGGGCAUACCAAGAAGUCUCGUCCAUCCACCGGAGGACAUUUGAUACAGAAUAGAGUUAUUUUGCUUCGAUGAGUCCAUUCCCAAGAUCGCUUUCCCUUGGAUACAGAAAAAGCGCGAAAGAGUUGAAAAAGAACAAGAAGGAGGCGAAUCGAGUCGAGAACACCGAUGAGGUAGACUACCGCGAGGAACAAAAAUAUGACUCCGACGGAGGUGGUGCACCACCACCAGGAUCGAGUUCGACGAAAGCAGCCAAGACCGUACGAAUAGAGGCCGGAACAAAGGGCGAAGGUGGAGACAAAAUCAAAAAGAAAAAGAAGAAGAAGGACUACGACUACGAUUCGAAUUCGUCCUACAAUUAUGACGAAAAUUAUUCCAAAAAGAAGAAAAAGAAGGAGAAAAGCGAUUCUUAUGACUACGAAGAACGCGACGUUGUUGUAGCAGCCUCGUCGCGUCCGAAGGAGGACGACGAGGAUGAUUUGAAGAGUGGCCUGUUACCCGCGAUCGAAAUCACCAACAGGAGCAAGGUUGACGAGCUGGAAGAGGACGAGGCCGCGUCGCAAAUGAGCGGGGCGAGCUCCGUGGAGAGCAGUGGAGAGCUGUCGAGCAGCAACAGUCAGGAAUCAGGAAGUGGAACAAGAUCCCGGCGACGCAGACGGGGAGGACGGGGUCGUGGUGGCGCGAAUCACAACUACGACAACUACGGUGGUCAGAACAAAAACUACUACAGCAGGGACUACGUUAUAGAUUACAUGCCACAGAAGCUGCCCACUCCGCGGGAAAUGUACGAAAAGGGACACAAAAUCGUCAAGACGGCUAUCGACUACGGGAAAAAAGUUUACUACGGUAGCGGAAAUGCUGGAACUGCUACAACGGAAAGAGCUGCUGAUGAUGCGGAAAGUACACUCUCCGACGACCGCGGCAGCGGCGAUGGUACGAAGCGCAUCAGCGCAUUCAGUAAGCAAACUACUCCGGCAGAAAGUAAGACCAUGCUGACUAGUAAGCAAGAAGAAGAGGAAGAUGGUGCUCACCAACAUCAUCACAAGGCGUCUCCUGGAUCAUCUGCGUCUCCCUCGCAAGAUACCUCUCUGCUGCUGCAGUUGAAGGCGCGGCCCAGCGGGAAGGAGCAGGAGGCGCUGGAAGAGCAGAUCGGGGAUCUUCUGCGAUCCGCCUCGCAACAAGAGCGCAGGGAACAAGUCGUCGAGCCCGUCACACCGCCAAAUGUGCCGCAAUCCACGCCGGAAACGGCGCAGCUAAGGGUAGCGGCAGGGAGCAGUAGCGCAAGCAGCCCUGCUCCAGGUCGACCACGAAGAGAAGGUGGUCCGCUCCGCGAUGUUGCGCAACAGGAUGGCGAAGGAGAAGAGAAUGAGACUGCUAGUGCGGCCUCAAGCGAGGCAAAUCCGGUGCUGUCGCCGCAGGAGCGGGAGGUGCUCCGUCGCUACGACAUGGAGGACAUGCUGCAAAUCCUGAAUCAGGACGUAGGUCCGCUGACUAAACUGAAGAAGCUGGGCGUCGCAUCGGCAACCUCGUCGUCCCCGGACGGCGAGGAGCAAGAAGACGAUGAGACUUUGAUGCAGGGGGUGGACAAGCUUUUGCGCGAUCACGGGCCGCUGUCAAGAGGUUCGGCCGCGGAAGCCACCGCCUACUCGUCGGGGCGGGACGAGCAGGAAGUAGAGCCGGUAGCCAGCUCGCAAGAAGAACAGCAAGUGGAUGAAGAUGAGGACAACGACGUUGCCGAGGACAAUGCAGCUAUCGUAGAGGACGAGACAAGCACAAAGAGUAAUAGAGUCUUUGCCAAAAGCAACUACACUCUGCCGCCUGGUGCGGCGACUGGCGACCCAGGCGACCCAGUUGUAGGGGGAAAUGUUGAAAACAGCCCUCUCGUCACCAAAACAUCUCGUCCGUCCGCGCGUGCCGUGGGAGCCCAGCGAGAGACGGGAGUGAGGUUCGCCACGGCGGUGGAGGAGGAACUACAGCGCGGAGGGCAGGAGAGGCGAGCCAGGGUUGGUAACGCAGCAGAGAACAACGAGUCCUACCCGUUGUCAUCACCUGCACCUUUAGGAGGAGAGCCACCCUUCGGCGCAACCACAUCUCCCCGCGCGCUGGGGGAGGGAUCAGCGGUACAAACCAUUCAAGGCGACGAUGCUGCUCGUGAUCUACCACCUCAGCAGGGUGGCGCGGCGGGGAGCAUUACAACUUUCCGAGCGGGGUCUGGCGGAGCGCCUCCACGGGGGCUCGGGCGGACCAUGACGGUGAAGGAGUACCAAUCUCGGUGGAACGCCAUGCAGCAGAACUUGCGCGAGUCCAAUCGUCUGCAAUUGCCAGGGAAGAAGGCGGCAGGGUCCGCAAAUUUUGCACGAACGCGGGCCGCACCAAGCGGCCUUAAUACAACCAAGACGACAGGCAUCUAACUACCGAUGAAGUGAAAUGAACCAUCAUGGCACACUAGUACCUCCCUGAUCAGUGGGCAAAAACUAGAAGGGCACUACAGCACGCAGGUGUCCUCCUCACAUCAUAUGCGCCUGCUAGCUCCCGCUACAAGAUCUUCAAAGAUUUCAUGUACGAUUCUUUUAUUUGAAGUUGGACUUGGAGAGGAGCUUUUGCUUCGCGAAAAUAUUUAUUUCGACUUGGCACUUGUGCGCUUUAUGAUUCAUUGUGAUAGAGCCAUCUCGAUCGGUAUCCCAAUCCGGAGUCAUUGUUUUUUUACCAUAGUACUUUCCUCAUCAGUUAUUUUAAUUGCGACGCGAAGAAGAAGGCGAAGGCCGACAACAAGUUGUCAUCGAUUUUGUUCUUUGUUUUGAUGACAGCAAGAAAAUGUAAAUUAGCAGCUGAU